AUGAAUAUAGGUAAUAAAGUAUACCUAAAAGAAAUUCAACAGAUUGUUGAUGAUUCACAUCUCAAAGUACGGGUCUUAAAGAUGUGGAAUUUUAUAAAGAAUAAUAUGGUUUUAGCGAUUGAAAUGAUCGUCAUGGGCGAGGAGGGUACAAAAUACCAUUCUCGUGUUUUCAACCAAAAUUUUUCCAGAUUUGGUGAUCUUUUAAAGGAAGGUCAAACUUAUAUCAUUUUAAAAAUCAACAUGGCGGCUGUGAGAAAUGGUUUUAGUGUUACCGGUCAGAAAAAAACCAUAACUUUGGAUUGGAAAGGCAAUGAAAUUUCAAUUUGUUGGUUCCAUCGUCAAUAUAAGACAGAAUCUACCUUGAGUACUCAAUCAGUGUCAUUAAAUGAAGUACCCCUGGAAUCAGAUGAUGUUGUUCAGAAUGUUCAAAAGGAUGUUAUAUCACAAACGGAUGAGAGUUUUACUCUCUCAAUAGUUGAUAAAUCAUCUGCAACCAGUCCAAUGAAAAUAUCAAGUGAUUUGAAGCGCAACCUCCAUGACAUUUAUGACGUUGAUUGUGGAGGUGAUUUGAGUUCAACAAAAUCUAAAAGAAAAUCAAUCGGAGAGGGAAAUCCACUUUUAGUUCCAAAAGUGGAAAAAUGA